CCGCGAAGGCUUCACCAGAGGACAUCAAAAUCGAAGUUGCUGUGUUGGUGGACUUGAAGAAAGACUACGAAAAAGAAACAGGAGAAGAGUACUUAGCACCCGGACAGGAGAAGAAAGAGAAGAAAAAAGAUGCCAAGCAGGAGGUAUGA